AUGCCACCGCGCGACCAUUUCUUGUCCACGUCAGCACUUAAGUAAGCCUCAGGGCACAUCGCGUUCCUUGCAGCCUCCGACAUUGACCGAGUAUAAGUUGAGUUCUUGUCUCAGCAUGGCCCAGUGAUAAUAAAAAUAGUGGAGAAAGUAAGCAAGAUCGGGCAUCUUUUCCAAGCGCAGAGGCAAAGUUGUUCACGACGAGGGCGUGCGGCAUCGACUCGACCAACUGCAGCGCAGCGGCGCCGGCGCAUCUUCUCUCCCCACGCCGUCCCGGAGUCCUCCGUCCGUGCCAGGACUAGAAGAAGCCACAAUGGAAGGAAGCAUCAACGGCCCAUCAAAGAAAAGGGUUGCCGUGGUGACCGGAGGGAACCGGGGGAUGGGCCUGGAGAUAUGCCGGCAGCUUGCUGCGCACGGGCUCACCGUCGUCUUGACGGCGAGGGACGAGAAGAGGGGCGCAGAGGCAGCCGAAAAGCUCCGGGAGGAGGGGCUAUCGGAUGUCGUGUUUCAUCAGUUGGAGAUCAGCGAGCCCGCCAGUGCCGCUCAUCUGGCUGCUUUCAUAAAGGACAAGUUUGGCAAGCUUGACAUACUGGUCAACAAUGCCGGAGUGCUCGGGGUGACCACGGACGUCGGCGACCCGGCAACCCUCCAGGAGACGCUUGCAGGCAAGGAUGGGAUGGAGAGAGCCGAAUGGCUGAGGCAGCGGACGACGCAGACCACCCAGGAUGCAGAGGACUGCCUGAGGAUCAACUACCACGGCAGCAAGAUCGUCACGGAAGCCCUCCUCCCGCUCCUCCGGUCCUCCUCCGACGGCAGGAUCGUCAACGUAACCUCAGCUUGGGGGCUGCUCAGGAGUAGGACAGUCCCAUCACACAAAACAGAGGCUCAUCUGCUGUGCAUUUUGCAAAAAUGCAGUAUUUCAGCGGCGACGAGCUCCGGCGGGAGCUGGACGACGUCGACAACCUCACGAGGCAGCGGCUCGACGAGAUGUCGAGGCUGUUCCUCGAGGACCUGGGCAAGGGCAAUGGCGCGCUGGAGCGCCGCGGGUGGCCGGCCGACCAGGUGUACGCCGCCUACAUGGCGUCCAAGGCGCUGGUGUGCGCCUACACCAGGGUCCUCGCCAGGGAGGAGGGCGCCGCGCUGCGGGUCAACUGCGUGCACCCCGGCUACGUCCUCACCGGGAUGAACGACUACACCGGCGUCCUCACGGCCGCGGAGGGCGCCGCCGCCGCGGUUGCAGUUGCACUGGCGGAGAAGGGGGGCGUCACCGGCGCCUACUUCGACCGCACUGAACUGGGAGCGUCCUUUGUGUGACUUCUCCGUGGAGCAGUUGUCAUAGUUGGUCCAGAUAUCUAGAAUUAUGUGUUGUUCAUUUUUCUCUCUCUCAGAACUACUGGCUCUGUUCGCUAUUAUAAGAUGUUUAACUUUUUCUAUAUUGGAUGUGUGUAGACACGUUUUAGUAUUUCAGUCUGUAUGUAGUUUAUAUCAAAAUAUUCAGAACAUUUUAUAAUAGUGAAUGGAACGAGUAGAAUAUUUCCAUUGUCAA